AUGGUAGUGGAUUUCAGGAAACUGAACGAAAAGACGAUUAGGGAUAGGUACCCCAUGCCCAACAUUAACGAUGUACUCGACAGAAUCGAUCACAUCACCCAUUUGGACGCAGUGUUUCGCAAAUUAAGUCAGGCUUAUUUAAAGAUUCAACCAGAUAAAUCGGAAUUUUUAAGGCAUAUUGUCACGGAGGAUGGAAUUAAGCCAAAUCCCAAGAAGAUUGCUGCGGUGAAGACGUUCCCAAUUCCGACUACCAGAAAGGAGAUCAAAUCCUUGUUAUGCCUUCUGGGAUAUUAUAGGAAAUUCAUUCGGGAUUUUGCCAAGAUCACCAAACCAAUGACACAACAGUCAAAGGGCAAAGCACCGGUAUUAGUAUCGGAGGACUUCAAGAAAUCAAUUAAUCUCCAGGAAUUCAUCGAUGGUACGGUCAACUUCCAGCGGGCUAUUAACAAGCUUGAGAGGAACAUACAAUCGGAGUAUGCAAUUGAAAGUUUGUCAACAAAGUUGGGACAGUUGCAGGCUAGGGUGGAAAAAUUGCUGCCGAAUAGGAGACAGAAGAGGGGAUUAAUUAAUGGUUUGGGAAAUGUGAUUAAGAUCGUAACAGGGAAUCUAGAUGACACAGAUGGACGCAGAAUUCAAGAUAGUUUAAAGACAAUCUCGGAGAAUCAGAAAGACCUCACAGUAAACGUAAAGAAACAGGAGGUGAUCAACAACGACAUUCUAAAUAGAUUCGACAACAUAACGGAACACAUCAAUAGGGAGCAACAGAUAAUUAAUAAUUUAAUAAUAAUACUUGUGAACCGUUGA